CCCAACCCCUAAAACAACUAAAGACAAUCCACCCCCUUAACAGAAAGAAAGAAAGAAGAAGAAGAAGAAGAAAAGAAAAACAUGCACCAGAAAGAAAUCCAAGAACAACAACCUCCCCCACCCUGCGAAUUCACAAACCCCUGUCCAGCAAUCGACGACGAGAAGGAUAACAACCCGCGCCGGAAAGUCAUCUCGCAUAUCUUUGGCCGCAAUAAGUAUGCCACGAAGCGGUUCCCGGACCAUGUCUGGGUGCAUUACUGUCGACAGCAUUACCAGCGUGCGCGGUAUCGGGUCGAGUGGCCGGUUACGCAGUGCGAGUUGUUGAUGGUUGUGCUUGGGCGCAUGGAGAGGUGGGGUGGGGUGUCGGGGUGGGAGGUUGUGUUGAGGAAGAGGGAGGUGCAGCGGUUGAAAGGGGAGGAUGGAGGAGGAGAGGAGGUUAUUACUGCUACUACUACUACUGGUGCUGGGGGGAGGCAUUCGUCGUCGUCUGCCUUUUCUGGGCUUACUCCUGUGCAGGGCCAAUGUGGCAGACGCAGGAAACCGACCAUUGUGGCUUCGCCUGUGGCCGAUUGGCUUCUGAGGGAAGUUGGUCGGGAUAAGUCUUUCGCGGAUUUGCGCGACCUGGUCCGUCGGGUGCGCGAGGAUAUGGAUUCUCUGCGCGGACGGGGCGUGCCGGCUCGUCGGAUCGUGUUUCCGGAUAUUGAGCUUUUACCAACGUUUCAGUCUUGGGUUCUGGCGCCGGUGACGAAGGGGCGGAGGGUGAGGAGGGAUGCAGGUAGAGGGAAGAAGGGUGGCAAUGGGAAGAAGGGUUCUAGGGUUAAUGGGAAGGGGGCCGUGAAGAGGGUUCAUGGGUGAGAUUGAUCGAACAACCUUUUCUUUUCAUUUUGAAGUUGAGAUGGAUUGGAACAACUCGUUAAGUUGCAUUCCUGUUGUUUAGUCAGUCCUGGACAGUGUGAUGUUGAAGUCAGUCAGUGUCGUCCAUUGGACAGAAACUCACGUGUCAUAAACAUUACUCGUAGACAUCUAGUCUGUAUGUACAUUCAAAAAGAGCGAAAACCACCGGGCUAAAAAGAAUGCAGAAGCAGGGGAAAGAAGGGAAGCUGCAGAACAACGCAGAACCGCGAAUCAGAGA